AUGGAUCCAUCCAGUCUUCGCCUUCAAAGCACGGAGAAUGAGGGACAAGGAGAUGCCGAACAGCCAUUGAUGAAUGGCUUCAGAAGUCAUGUAGAUGAAGGAGAAGAGGCCGAAUCGGAUAGUGAGGGAGAGCCGGGAGAUUCACCGGCCAGCGGAUGGCGUCGAAGGCAUGAGACUUGGAUGCAAUUCUACAAUCGUUUCCGAACGAAUCUCAUUCAUUUCUUCGUGGAGGACUGGUUUCUGUCGGGGUUGCUCGGCGUUUUGACUGCAAUCAUCUCGAUCACCACCGAUUUGGGCAUUGAAUACUUGUUACAUGCGAAGCGAAGUCUCUACGAGCGAAUGUUGUUACAGGGAGAGUUACAAGCUUUCUCAAUAUGGGUUCUCUACUUCUCUGUUUUCACAGGCCUCGCCGGUCUUUUCUGCCAUAUGAUCUCUAAACAAGCUAUUGGCUCUGGAAUCCCUGAGUUGAAAGUGAUAAUGUCGGGCAUUGAGCUAAAGAAUUAUUUAUCCUUUACGACACUUAUUGCCAAGAUUGUUGGUGUCAUUUUUUCGCAAGGCGGCGGCUAUCCUGUUGGAAAAGAGGGUCCAUUCGUGCACAUGGGUGCCAUUGUGGCGAAUCUACUUAACAAAGCAUCACAUGCGUGGAAACACAACGCUUUCUUCUCCACUGAAGGUCGUCGAAUGGAGAUGCUCUCGACUGGAUGUGCUGUUGGAAUCGCUUGCACUUUCAGUGCACCGGCUGGAGGUGUCUUGUACGGAAUCGAGUCAACAUCUAAAUAUUUCGCAAUCAAGAACUAUUGGCGCUGUUUCUUCGCCACCACUUGCAGUGCUUUGAUUUUCCGUUUUGCGAUGGCUUUCAUCUUGCCGCAGCAUAUCGCUGGAACAAUCGUUGCCUACUAUCAAACCUCUUUCCCCAAUGCCGUCUUUUUGAUCGUCGAGUUGCCGUUAUUCGCCUUGUUGGGUGUGAUUUGCGGUUUAACGGCAGCUUUGUUCAUUUGGUUACACCGUCAAUUUUCCCUCUCGCUCAAGCACACGCCCGGCAUCAAAACGUUUUGGGCAAAGAACCCGAUUGUUUACACGAUGUUGAUGUGCGCGAUUGGGGCAGUGGUCACCUUCCCGGAAGGACUCGGGAAAUAUUGUGCAGGGAAGUUGACAUUCCGCGAGGCACUUGUUGAUUUGCUCUCGAACUGCACUUUCACACAAGUCAAUCAAACCAAUUUGGGCUGUUCCCCGGAAAUCGUUUCCCAUUGGACACGAGACGCCCAAUUCGAUCCGUUCAACAUCUUGAUCACCAUUGGCGGGUUUAUCAUUGUUUAUUUCGUAAUGGUUUCAAAAUUCACUUCACUCUACGUGCCUUCUGGUAUUUUCAUUCCGGCUUUUACUACUGGUGCUGCAAUGGGUCGUUUAAUGGGUGAAUUGUUGGCAUUGGCUUUUCCGGAAGGACUUCGAGGACCCGACUAUCCGCCUAUUUAUCCAGGAUUGUAUGCGGUUGUUGGUGCGGCAGCUUUCACAGGAGCGAUGACGCAUUCACUUUCGUUGGCCGUUAUCGUUUGCGAGGCAACUGGGCAACUCUGCGGCUUGCUUCCAGUUUUGAUAGCUUUAAUGGUGGCGAAUGCGAUUUGUGCCUUUUUACGUCCAUCAAUCUAUGAAUCGAUCAUUCAACUCAAAAAUCUACCAUACUUAGCAGAAUUGCCUCCAUCACGAAUCACUGUUCAUUCGCUGAAAGUCGAAAAGAUUAUGGUAACUGAUAUGGUGUUUAUCACGAAGAAGAUGACUUAUGCUGAGUUGAGAAACAUUCUCAUCACAACGCCGAAACUCCGCAGUUAUCCCCUCGUCACUGAUAAAUACGCAAUGACUCUAUUGGGUCAAGUCUCUCGUCACUAUUUGGCACAUUUGUUGUUGAGAAAGUUGGGACCGGACAGUCAGGCUUUGCCAAGAAGGAGAUCAUUUGUCGCCAGUGAAGUAUUCUCGGCGAUUGGUGGAACCUUGAGAAGAAACGCCUCAAUGCAAGCGAUGACACCAAGAAAUGAGGAACAACGACAUUCAUGGCAUCCAGAUGGACCGUUAACCGAUCGGGGACUGUCGGGAGCUCAUCUCCUCGCACACUCACCUCUACAUCAUAAUCCACAUGAAAGAGAACGCUUUGCUCCAUUCUUGGCCGCUCACAAUGAACCCCAGGAGAGACGAGCCAGCACCACAGCCGAUCGGGCAAUCAUUCUCGCAUCAACAAUCGAUUUGGAUGAUGUGGCCAUCGAUCCGGCACCUUUCCAAUUGGUGAAAGGAACCUCGUUGUACAAGGUACACACUCUUUUCUCACUUCUUGCCCUCAAUCACGCCUACGUUACGGAGAAUGGUCGAUUAAUUGGUGUGGUGGCGUUGAAAGAGCUACGCGAAACCCUUGCACACAUCUACACCCGUGGAGCCAUUCCACCCCGUAAACAAACCCUUCAAGUCUCGUCUGCAAGGAAAUCAUCGGUGGCCGGAAAUUCUGUUCGCGGCGCUGAUGACUCGAGUGAGCCAAUGACGACAACGACAACGACAACGACAACAAAUGAAGAUAUCAAUCAACAUCAACAAAAUGGACACUCUUUGUGGGAC